AUGGCCCCCGGCGCUCCAAUCCUGGCGCCCAGGGUCGGGAUGGUGAUGGUCCCAGAGUCCCACCGGCCCACCAUCCGCGUGAGCGACAUGCUCAGUGGGAUCUCCCUCCGCUACGACUACGAGGAGCUAAAAGUAGCCACCCGGGACUGGAGCAAGAGCCGUCAGCUGGGUAGCGGCUCGUACGGCGCAGUUUUCAAGGGCGAGAUGGAGGACGGAACCGAAGUCGCCAUAAAGAUGAUAGACCUUGGUGCCCUGGGCGCUGCCGGGCAGACGGAGGAUAUGGCUGGGUUCGAAGAGGAGGUGAAGAAUUUGAGCAAGUUCCGCCACCCGAACCUGGUGACGCUUAUCGGCUGGGGGAAGCACGAGCAGUUUCGCUACUUGGUCUACGAGCUCAUGACUGGGGGCGACGUCUAUGACCGGCUCCUGAAGAGCCGCAAGCGCGACCACCCUGUUCCCUUCCUGUGGUGUGAUCGGGUCAGCGCGCUCCUGGACGCCGCCUCCGGUCUCUCCCACAUGCACAACUCCAAGCCCAAAGCCUUUCAUCGCGAUAUCAAAGCGGCCAACAUUCUGUUGGAUCGGCAUGGCACAGCGAAGAUGGCUGAUUUCGGCCUGAGCUGCACCUCCUCUGGGAAGGGCCAGCGGGGCCAUCAAGUCAAGGUCAAGACAAUCAGCGGCACUCCCGGGUACGCGUGCCCGAUCUAUGCCCGCACGGGCACAGUCACCGAGUUUAGCGAGGUCUACAGCUUCGGCAUGGUGAUCUUGGAGGUGCUGACGUCCAUCCCACCGGCCACGGCCGACCCCUCCAAGCCCGGCGGCAUCGCCUAUCCCAUCGAGGCCCAGCUGCUCCCGGGGUCCGCAGGGGCGGUGGAGCGCUGUGUGCAAGCGGCAGACCGAACGGCGGCGUGGCCAAAAGGCCUUCCCGAGGACCUGGCAAGCCUGGGCAUCCGCUGCGUGAACGCCAGCGACGAGGAAUCACGCCCCAGGUUUGUUGAGGUGGUUCGGUCUCUUCGGCUGCUGCUGGAGAAGUAUCCGCGGCCCCAGGCAGGCACGAGUCCUUGUCACGGCAGCGGAUAUUUGGAGAAUGUGUCUUCGCAGGAGAUGUCCCAGGGCUCGGGGCCCUCCCCGAGCCGCCCGGCGCCCUUCUCCCUGGAGCUCGUGGCGGCCGAUGGCCUGCAGGUCGAGUCGCUGCCGCAGCAGCGGAGGCAUCUGCACCUGAUGGCUUCGGGCGAGGCUGGUGGGCGUCUAACUGCGCCAGUGGGACGCCAAUAUCAGCAAGACUUGUUUGAGUCCUGGCUGCAGAACCCGGAGCUGUGCAGCUGCAUCUCAAGGCUCUCCUUCGAGGUGUCAUGGGCGCCUGGCCCUUCGGAUAUGCAAAUCACGGCGAAAGGCAACAACCCCAUCACCCUGAACGGCCACAUCCUGGCGCGUGGCGACUCCAUGGCCUUGGACCUGGGAUCCGAGGUCGGCUUUCCGUACUCGCAAACUGGCGAGCUGGCCCUGUUUCUCCGGCUGCGCUUCCGCCGGGCGGCAGCUGUGGAGUACCUCAACGCUGCAGUGGCGCCCACAGCAGUGCUGGACUUUGGGGAGGAGCGUUUGGGCAGCUGCCCCUGGGUCUUGCGCUGCUCCUUCGUGGAGGGGCUCGGUGGCGAGGCAGCACUUCAACCUAGAUCCGACCCCAAGAAGGAUCCGCGAUGUGGAGAACUGACCAGUUUCUUCUGGUGGUUGUGA